AGGCAGAGGACGUAGGAGACUGACUAGUUGCGAUUUAGCUGUUGCCAUGUGCAGUUAGCAGUGCAAUAAACAAUCUAUUGACUCGGUGUGGGCACGAAGGCAGUUAGACAUAAACAGCUCGAGAACAACGAAAUUCAUCGUAUUUAAAGGUUUACUACACCUGUAAAAGAGCUUGUUCUUCAAUAAAGCACACCCGAACAAACGAAAUAUUCCACUUGAAGCAAACAUCCAAGAACACAUUCACCCUAUUGAAUCCCGAAAUUUCUGAACUGCUGAAAAUGGCGUUGAAGAUGGAAUCAUGCAGUAUCGAAGAACUGUGUCCUGCCUCGGAAGGAGGUGAAAAACUAUUACUUGAGUUGCGACACAGACUUGAAGAGUGGCUUAAGUUUCAACCGCAUCUUCCUCAAGAUAUUCCCAAGCAAAUUCUGGAGUAUUUCAUCCUCGGUACGAAGAUGAGCUUAGAACAAGCCAAGCAGAAACUGGACAUGUUCUACAGCCUGAAGAAGCUGGUACCGGAGGUACUUGCAAACAGAGAUCCGCGUGCUUCUGGCCUGACACGCUUCCACAAAAUGAUGCGUACCGUCUAUCUUCCAAAAUUGACACCAGAAAAGUACAGAGUCUGCAUUUUUCAACCCUUCGUUGACGACUAUACCGACUUUACCUCCACUGAUGAUGCUAAGUAUGCUCUGAUGAUCGAAGAAAUACUGAUGCUGGACAUCGAAGCCCGCAGUCUUGGAAGCAUUUACGUAUACGAUCAAUCAAAGAUAACCUUUGCUUUGGUCGCUAAAUAUACUCCGGCAUUGAUAAAAAAAUUUGAAAUAAUUGCAACGAAAGCUUACGCAAAAAAGAUUAAAGGGAUUCAUUUGAUCAACGCGGCACCCCUGACAGACACUCUGGUCGCCCUGGGUAAGAAAGCUUUGAAGCCAAAACUCGCUGCAAGGAUUACCGUUCACCAAAAAGGAAGCUACGAAUCAUUAUAUCAGGUAAUACCGAAGUCGAUUCUACCCAAAGAUUAUGGUGGUGAUGAACUAUCCAUAGAACAUCUCGAUGAAUUGUGGAGGCAGAAAGUUGACGAGAAACGUGACUGGUUCCUAGAUCAGGAUAAGAUCGUGGUUGACGAAAAACUUCGUCCUGGGCCACCAAUGAAUGCCGACGAACUUUUCGGCUUCUCCGGAUCUUUUCGGAAGCUGGACGUCGACUAGGAAUAAACAGCUUUUUAAUUAUGAAAUAUUAUGCACUGUGUUCCCUGAAUGAACUCGAAACAUUUUCCGGUAUCACGUCGUCCUAGGUCGUUGCAGCGCAGUGGAAACCAGACAACUUGCAGCUCUUCAAAGUAUAAUAGGAAAUAAAUUUAUCACGAAUGAAUCAUGUGUCAAGAAUAACAAAAAUACCGGGUUAUAAUUUGUUCUUAAAUCGAUAAAAUUGAAUUGUUUGAAAAAUUCUCAUAAAGAAAAAGUAUCGCAUUCACAGAAAGGGAGCGUCCAUAAAUUACGUUAUCGAAUUUUAAGGGUUUUUGAUCCUUGGAAUUGCCUAUUGCCUAAAAAAUAGAUGACCAAAAUUAUUUCUCGUGUAUCAAAACUUCUGCUUAUAAUUGCCAAUUACUUUCUCUAGCGAUAUUUUACUCAAUAGUGACGAGCGAUUAUUUGUACAAAAUUGAAGAAUAUUAUUAAAACUGUCCGAAUUAA